AAGCUGAAGCUCUCCUCACCUUCCAACAUGAAGGUCUCCGCAGAGUUCCUCUGCCUUCUGCUCACAGCAGCCACCUUCAACACCCAGGUGCUUGCUCAGCCAGAUUCAGCUUCCAUUUCGACCAUCUGCUGCUUUAAUGUAGCCAGUAGGAAGAUCCCCAUCCAGAGACUGGAGAGCUACACAAGAAUCACUAGCAGCAAAUGUCCCCUGAAAGCUGUGGUCUUCAAGACCAAAUUGACCAAAAAAAUCUGUGCUAAUCCCAAGGAGAAAUGGGUUCAAGAUUUCAUGAAGUACCUGGACCAAAAAUCUCAAACUCCAAAGCUAUAA